AUGUCGGCCAGAAAUAAUAUAUUUUUCGCUCUGGGCUUUUGCCUCGUUUUUAGUUUCCUGAGCAUUGAGGCCAGGACUUUAAAGGAAGCUUCUGUCAAGACGAAACGAGAUACAGAUGACUGGUGGUCUCUCCUUGAGGAUUUGAUAUAUGACAAUGAUAGUGGAAGUGAUAGUGAUGACGAUGGCGAUAAUGAAAAUGUUUUGAUUUGUCGUAACUGCACUGUCGUAGUUCAAGCUGCUCCGAAUGCUACAGCGGAUGGAGGUAGCACAGUAGCUCCACCACCAGGAGGAGCAGCUCCAGGAACACCGGUACCUCCUCCUGGAUCAACUCCAGGAGCUCCAGCUCCCGUUGCUCCUGUUCCGCCUCCAACUUCGGCACCUGAUCAACCUGCUCCACCGGCCGUAACUACUACAGCACCAGUCGUCACACCAGCACCUGCUCCUGGUGGUUAG